AUGGGAGUCUGUGCAAGUCGCCGUUGGCCUUCGUUGACACAGUUUUAUGAGUUCGAUACUCCAGAGGUGGUUCUUGGGGAUGGAACUUGCUCGCGAGUAUUUCGUGCGCGAGAGCGUGCUAGUGGUGGAUUAGUUGCUAUCAAACGUUUGGACAAAGCGAAGCAGCAGCUGAUCAAUGAAGAUCCUGUCCAGUGGGAGCGUGAGGUGGCGUUAUUACGUCGUUGUGCUUCUCACCCGAAUGUGGUAGCACUACACGAUGUAAUGGAGACACGUGAGUUCGUAUACAUCGUCAUGGAGCUUGCAGAGGGUGGGGAACUCUUCCAGGCUCUAAUUGAUGAAGGAGCGUACUCGGAAUGGGACGCUCGACGUUUCAUUGCAGACCUUCUUGAAGCAUUACGCUUUCUCCACGAGCUUGGCAUUGCGCACAGAGACGUCAAGCCGGAAAACUUACUGCUAACAUCAACGAGUCCAAAGCUUGCAAGCAUUAAACUGGCAGAUUUUGGUCUUGCAGCACUCGUCGAAGAGAGUAGUUUGCUUUCCAAUGGUCGGAUGACCUGGGCCUACUGCGCACCCGAGGUCUUCAAAGCAGCACAAUUAUCCGAGUCUCCAGACGAUAUGGAAGCCUCAAUGCCCAAGCCAGCGCGAAGCUCCCAAGUUGGUGUCCAGAGUGAUGUAUGGAGCGUGGGCAUCGUGCUCUACGUGCUGCUAAGCGGAGUUCAUCCAUUCGAUCCCGAUGGCCGACAGACUCGAGACCAAAUGAUAAGCAACAUCCAAUCUGGACAGUUUUCCAUGACUGGACCUCGUUGGGAAGCCAUCUCGAGCGAGGCUAAAGAUUUGAUCUCGGCGCUGCUUCAUGUAGACCCUGGAGCGCGAUCUACUGCUGCUAAAGCACUCAGCCAUGAAUGGUUCAAGGCACAACGCACGUCGCGCCAAUCUUUGGCUGUCUCGACUGACGACACGAAUAACCUCCAGCAGUAUCGCCACCUCAUGCGUCGCAAAUUUCGGACGAGUGUUAUAGCUGCAGUUGCCGCAGAUACACUCCGUCGCAGUCUAAAGAAAAGCCGUCACUCUACUGGAUCGGUAGCUGGUAAUGAAACAACCGAAAUCGCCCCAGUUCCAUCUCCUGGUGGUGAGAUUUCACCAUGUCAGUCUUCGCCUGCUAGCACUUCAGCUGCGGUUGUUGCUGUCACCGGUGAAACGAGUGAUGCAUGUCCACCAGUGGCUACUCAUUCCGUGCUGAAGCAUAUAUUCCACCACGAUUCCCAGGAAGAUAGCGGUUCAUUCGAAGUAAUGGCAGCGGCUGCGACAGAUGCAGAUGUGAACGACAUCACAAUUAAUGUCUAA